AUGCAUGGGAAGGUUGUCUUUUCCAGUGAAACAGGUCCACCAAAAUACACCAAAUCAAUUUUAAAGAAGGGUGAUAAAACCAACUUUCCGAAGAAAGGAGACACCGUUCAUUGCUGGUAUACGGGAAAACUGCAGGACGGAACCGUCUUUGAUACCAACGUUCAAACAAGUUCAAAGAAGAAAAAAGCAGCCAAACCUUUAAGUUUCAAAGUUGGCAUAGGAAAAGUUAUCAGAGGUUGGGAUGAAGCUCUCUUAACAAUGAGUAAAGGAGAGAAAGCUCAACUGGAAAUUGAACCUGAAUGGGCUUAUGGCAAGAAAGGGCAGCCUGAUGCUAAGAUACCACCAAAUGCAAAACUCUUCUUUGAAGUGGAAUUGGUGGAUAUUGAGUGAAAUGAAGAAUUUUCUUUGCUGCUGGGAAUCCAUUUAUGAGCAAGAAAGCUUCCGACAACUACAGUUUUGCUCUUGUAACUUCAGGAUAUAGUUACAACUGUGGCCUUGUAUUGAAAUCAAGUUCCCCCCCCAACUGCUGUACAGUAACAUACCACUAAAGAAAACAUAGUUUAUACAUGCAAACGAUCUGACUUCUUUAUGUGUGUAGGCUCACCUCAAAAAUUAUUUCUCCUAGUGUGGGGAAAAAAUUGCUCAAGUCUCCAGUAAACUGUUAGAGUGGAAACAGA